UAAAUGCUACAUGCGUCUUUGUUUUCAUUUCACCUUCAUUGAUCCAAUAUGAAGUUUCAUUUCUUUCACAUUAUUACUUUUCUCAUGCUUCUGCUAGUGGCAACUAAUGCAGAAACGUUACCGAUGACAAAAGUCAUCACUAAUCUGCUACUCCCUAGUUCAGAUGGUGGAGUCAAAAAGGACUACUAUGAUGGAGGUGAAGCUCGAGAUAAGACUGAUGAAAUUUCUAAAAAAUUACCUAAUGGGUUCCGUUAUCAUCAUGCUGCAAGCGAACUUGAUGUCAAUUCCAGAGAUUUACUUAAUGGGUUCCGUUACCAUCAUGCUGCAAGCAAACCUGAUGUCAAUUCCAGAGAUUUACCUAAUGGGUUCCGUUACCAUCAUACUGCAAGUGAGUCUGGUGUAAAUUCUGGAGAUUUACUUAAUGGGUUCCGUUACCAUCAUGCUGCAAGUCAGCCUGAUGUAAAUUCUGGAGAUUUACCUAAUGGGUUCCGUUACCAUCAUGCUGCAAGUGAGCCUGAUGUAAAUUUUGGAGAUUUAUCUAAUGGGUUUCGUUACCAUCAUGCUGGAAGUAAGCCUGAUGUAAAUUCUGGAGAUUUGUCUAAUGGGUUCCCUUACCAUCAUGCUGCAAGUAAGCCUGAUGUAAAUUCUGGAGAUUUGUCUAAUGGGUUCCCUUACCAUCAUGCUGCAAGUAAGCCUGAUAUAAAUUCUGGAGAUUUACCUAAUGGGUUCCGUUACCACCAUGCUGCAAGUAAGCCUAAUGUAAAUUCUAGAGAUUUACCUAAUGAGUUCCGUUACCACCAUGCUUCAAGUAAGCCUAAUGUAAAUUCUAGAGAUUUACAUAAUACUGCAAGUGAGACUCAAUUGCAUGAUAAACCAAAAGCAACAAUCUUCUUCUUUGAAAAGGACUUGCACCAUGGGACAAAAUCAUACUUUCGAUUUGCCAAGACUAAUCCAAAUAAUGAAGCAAAAUUCCUUCCUAGAGAAUUUGCUAAUUCAAUACCUUUUUCAUCCAAAAAGUUGGAAUACAUACUUAACAAACUGAACAUCAGGAAAGGGUCAAAGGCUGCUCGUAUUGUGAACAACACAAUCACUGACUGUGAAGUUGAAAGCAUCAAAGGAGAAGAAAAGCUUUGUGUAACAUCAUUGGAGUCCAUGAUUGAUUUCUCUAUUUCUAAAAUUGGGAAAAACCUUGAAGCUGUUUCAACAGAAAUGUACAAAGAGAGUGACUUUCAACAAUAUACAGUAAUAACACAAGGAGUGAAGAGAUUGGGGGAGAAUAACAAAGCUGUUGUGUGCCACAAACAGAAUUACCCUUAUGCAGUGUUUUUUUGUCACACAACAGAUACAACUAAAAUUUACUCAGUGCCUUUGGAGGGUGUAGAUGGAAGCAGAGUUAAAGCUAUUGCUGUGUGUCACGGUGAUACAUCACAAUGGAACCCAAAGCACUUUGCAUUUCUAGAACUCAAAGUUAAAGUUGGGACUGCUCCAAUUUGCCACCUACUACCUCAGGAUCAUGUUGCUUGGAUUGCAAAGUAGAACCAUCAUGUUGCUUGGAUUGCAAAGUAGAACCACAUUUUCUUUUCAUUUACGCAUUUAGGUGUGUUGUGUUUGCUAUGAUGUAUUAUUACAAGUGUGCUCUUUGUUUUACUUUGAUGUCUUUACUAUGAUGUACUACAUGUGUGCUAAAUAAAGUUGCUUUUAUGUUAUGACUCAA